GACGCCUUACCUUCCAGCCGAGUCUCGAAUAAGUUCAUAUAGGCUAAUGACAACGACAUGAGGUGGUUACAACUUCUCGCGUUGGUAACCCUGUGCGCCACAGUAACCUAUGCUCAGAACAAUCCUUUGUUGGGGAUUCUGAACCAGCUUGGGGGAAGUGGAGCUAAGGGCAAAGGAAAAGUUGGAGCCAAGGGAAAGGGAUGUGGAGCCAAAGGCAAAGCGCCUUGCCCAACACCUGCGCCUGAAACAGAGUAUGAUAUCCUGAAAAGGACCAUCGAUAGUAUGGGGAGGCAAUUGAUGUUACAGCAGCUAUUCGUCGAGGAGCGCAUCCGAGGCGACGGUGACUCUGGACUCAAACAAAUGAGGAACACCCAGAGUGGGUCUAAAUCGUAUUUUUCACCUUCAAUUGCUGCCGAGUCCCUCUUCGGCAUGCAUGAUCACCCAGAGAAGAAAAGCGUCGUUGGUUUGGAUGAUUUCGUUGCUGUAAUCAAUGGCGUUGAGUUCAAGACAAGCCACAACGACUACGCUGUGCGCAUGCCCAGUAGAACCACCAAAGACCUCCAUGCAGUUGAAGACAUUCCUCUUCCAGACGUUCCUUUUAGAGUUAUGAACAAGAACACCACACAGGAACAGAUCACUGAGAUGAAGGAAUGGUUUAAGGCUUGGAAAAACCAAGUUCCCCAAGGUGAAAGGGCAUGGAAGAAGUUUUUCAAACCUGUCCUUUGUUACCUUGAAGGUGCAUGGACUAGGAUCGACCCUGAGACUAUUGAAGAAUUUGAUGAACUCCUUGAAGAGCAGUACAUGAGCAAGUUUACGUCAUACUCAGGCAGAGACGCUGGGGGAGACACCCACCCAUAUCGCCCUGUUAAAAUCAUGAACAUCAUCGACCGUACGCCCAUCUUUGGCCAAUGGAACUACAGAACUGCAUGCCAUCCAAUUAAAGCCGAUAUUCAUCCUGACUUUUUCCGUCCAAUUGAUGACCUCGCCACUCGAGUAGUAAAUGAUGCUGAUUACAAGUCUUAUGGUGAUUCACCCGCCGCUCGGUUCCAGCUUAAUAUUAGACCAAGUGCUAAUUGGCCACAGGAGCGGUUCUACAAAGAAAACCUUCUUGAUGAAAUAUUCAAAGAGAUACCAGGAAAGGACAACUACCAAGGUAAACUUACAGAUGAUGCCUUUGGUCUACCUGUACAUGGCUUGGCUCCAAUGAGUCCAGCCAUCAACAGCGCCUACUACCACAGAGCAUUCCGUGUUGAGAAAAGAGACGCCAUGGGGACGCAAGUGCGGCACAGAGGAUACGCGGACGCAUCCCUCUAUAUGGCGCAGACUUCACAACCUGACGUCCUUGGAAUGAAUGUGAGAGAUUGCAAGAAGGUGAGAGUCAAAGAUUUCCUUGGUAGAAUGAGAAGAGUUGAGCAAUGUACGGACUACAGUCAGAAAUGGUCGUAUGCCAUUCCUCUAGAGAUCAUCUUCCUAACUCCAUUAUCAAAGUGGAACCCCUAUAACCUAAAGUAUCAGGGUGAUGCUACAACUCCCAUGGGAAGGACCGCAAGUGAAGGUCGAACGGGAGGUUUUUCCAAAGAUACAGCGUACAACGGAACCAAUAGCGACUUGUAUUUCCUUACACCAAGCGAGUUUUACAACAGUGACGACGGUAAUGCAGCACCUUCAGACAGAAAUGUAGGAGUGCUGGAUAGCGAUGGAUUGGUUAGAUCGUUGGCGGCUUCAGGUAUUCGCACGACAUUCACAGUCCCAGACGUCGGAACAUUUAGGACGAGGUUCCCCAUCAUGCCCCUCCAUCACGAAGGAAACGCAGCUUCCAAGGAACUUGAUGCGCUGAAAGAUAUCGUCAUGGAAAAUGGUCGCUACAUGGAUCUGAUGAGGGACGCUAAAACUCUAACACCUGAAGAGAAAAAGAUUCGUGCUAGGAUUGAACGACAGAAGAAAAGGCAGGAAGAAAUCAGGAAGGCAAAGGAAGCAUUGAAAGAGGAAUUGGAGAAAGAACUGGCAAAGCAUAUAGGGAAUGAGCUAGAAAAUGCUAUCAUUGGAGAAGAAACUGGAAUGUAAAUCGAUUUUAAUAGAAUAUGCACCUUAAAAUAUAAUUAUAUAUUGAAAUACCA